AUCAGCUGGAUAGAGGCGUAUUUUGUGGACAGGUCAAAUUCUUACUCAGUGCAGUAAAGCGUCGAAGCGAGAGUAUUCACGCUCUUACUACAGCGAAAUCAUUCUUUGAAUCAUCAUGUUGAAGUUUGGAGUAUUGCUCGGAGUCUUCCUGGUGUUUUCCCAGGCCUCCGCAGAAUUCUGUUACAAUGAUGUUGAAGGUGCUUGCAGUACGAAGCCCAGCACAACUGAUGGGCCACUUCUCAGCAACUGCAAUGCGAAAUACGGAUCCUUCGAGGCUCUUCAGCCUGACCUUCAGGCCUACGCCAAUGCUCACAUUGAGACGAGCUUUGAAUUCCUGUUGAUGUCCACUCAUUUCGGUAAUUUCGAGGCCAAUCGCGAAGGGUUCAAGGGACUCUACAGGAAAUUGUCUGAUGAAAAUUGGAACAGGGCCAUUGAUAUCAUCAAGUUCAUUAACAAGAGGGGAGGAAGGAUGAACUUCAAUCAGUUGCCUCGUUUCAAGAGAAACACUAAAGACCGUGUCCUUGAAUUGAACGAGCUCAACAGCCUGGCUAAAGCUCUGGACACUGAGAAACAGCUGGCAGAUGAGGCUCUCCGUAUCCACACACAGGCCCAACACCAUACCAAGCAGGACGCAUCAGUUGCCCACUACAUAGAGGAGAAAUUCAUCGAGGAUCAAGCUGAGACUGUGAGAAACCUCGCUGGUCACACCAACGACCUCAAGAACCUCCUUGGGGAUCGUGAUGCCUCAGUCUCUGUCUAUCUCUUCGAUGAAUACCUCAAGUCAAUCUUGUAAUCUUGUAAUUUUGUCAUUAAUCCUCAGCCAAACGAACAAUUCUGUUCAAUUUUCUUAUUUGAGAUUCUUCUUUAUCAAUCAAUUACGAUCAAACUUUGGUUAUUAUUAUUAUCAUUACGGAGUUACAUGUGUAGGAUAUUUGAUGCAAUUAUUGUUCGGUUCGAUAAAUAAAAAAAUGAGUAUCUUGUA